AUAAAAAUCGUUAGCUACUUCCUGCUCACCAAGAUUCCCCUGCUCCUCUCCUCCGACAGCUUACUCUUUCUUCCGGUGAAGACUCCUUUGAUCUCUCUCCCUCCAUGGCUGGCGUCUCUUCCCCUUACCCACAUUGCUUGCUUACAAAAGGGGCAAACUCCGCCUCUUCCCUUUUCGGUCUUCUUUAAGACCCGAGCAUGUGACUUCUGACCAGUUGGUUACUUCUACCACUCUUCAUCUUUAAUUCUCUCUGUCUCUCUCUCCUUGUCGCUUUCUGGCGUCAAUGGCGGGGCCUUCGUUCUCUUCCUCCUCGUCGCGAACGAGGAGCAGCUCGCCGUUCAGUCAGCGGAGGCCCCUCACGAGCUCGUAUUCUUCGACGUCUUCGUCGGCUUCGUCAUUCAUGAACGGGCGGCUAAUCCCACGGUCAUCCCCGUCUUCCGCCUCCUCCAACUUCUAUGGUUCUGGUGGGAUACCGAGAUCCGUAACGCCAAACCGCAGUCGCUGCGAUUACUCCAGUAACCGCGCUCCGAUCGGCUUCGUAUCUGCCGAUGAACUCGUCAUGGAUGCCGGUGAUGCGACAAGCUCAGGGGAUAGCAUUACUGUCACUGUCAGGUUCCGGCCGUUGAGCGAGAGGGAGUUCCAGCGUGGAGAUGAGAUCGCGUGGUAUGCGGAUGGGGAUAAAGUGGCGCGCUGCGAGUAUAAUCCGGCCACGGCUUAUGCAUUCGAUAGAGUUUUUGGCCCUUCCACAACUUCUCAAGUGAUUUAUGAUGUCGCUGCCCGUCCUGUUGUGAAGGCAGCAAUGGAAGGCAUUAACGGGACUGUUUUUGCCUACGGUGUUACCAGCAGUGGAAAGACCCACACGAUGCAUGGUGAUCAAAAUUGUCCGGGUAUCAUACCUUUGGCCAUCAAGGACGUCUUCAGCAUUAUUCAAGAUACUCCAGGGAGAGAGUUUUUGCUUCGUGUCUCAUACCUUGAAAUUUAUAACGAGGGAACUUAUGUUGAGGGCAUAAAAGAUGAAGUCGUUUUAUCUCCAGGGCAUGCACUUUCUUUCAUUGCUGCUGGUGAAGAGCAUCGCCAUGUUGGUUCUAAUAAUUUCAACUUAUUUAGCAGCCGAAGUCAUACUAUUUUUACAUUGAUGGUUGAAAGUAGUGCUCGUGGAGAUGAAUAUGACGGAGUGAUGUAUUCUCAACUUAACCUAAUUGAUUUAGCAGGUUCUGAGAGUUCAAAAACUGAAACAACAGGACAAAGGAGAAAGGAAGGAUCUUUUAUAAACAAAAGCCUUUUAACACUUGGCACUGUAAUUGGGAAGCUGAGUGAGGGAAGGGCAACUCAUAUACCGUACCGUGACUCUAAGCUGACUCGCCUUCUACAGUCAUCACUAAGUGGGCAUGGGCUUGUUUCUCUUAUUUGCACUGUUACUCCUGCAUCUAGCAAUAUGGAGGAAACACAUAAUACGUUGAAGUUUGCAAGCAGAGCAAAAAGAGUUGAGAUUUAUGCUUCUCGAAAUCGGAUUAUUGAUGAGAAGUCUCUGAUUAAGAAAUAUCAACGAGAAAUAUCAAGCUUAAAGCAAGAGCUUGAGCAGCUUAAGAGAGGGAUGCUUACUGGUGUCGGCCAAGAAGAAAUCAUGAGCUUGAAACAAAAGCUAGAAGAGGGUCAAGUGAAGAUGCAAUCUCGUCUUGAAGAAGAAGAGGAAGCAAAGGCCGCUCUAAUGAGUAGAAUUCAAAGGCUAACCAAGCUCAUUCUUGUAUCUACUAAAAAUACAAUUCCUGGGCGAGCGGUUGAUUUGCCUGGUCAUCAGCCUCACUAUUCUUUAGGUGGAGAUGAAAAGCUGGAUAUGUUGGGUGAGACUCUACCCCUGCCUCCCGAAACGGAGGGAACUCUGAGGGAUCCUAUAUCUACUUCGGUAUCAGGUUUAUUGGAUCAAUUUCAUGGUAAACACCAGAGAUCUUUAAGCAAGUAUAACGAAGAGAGGUCCUCAUCUGGGGUAUCAUUGUCCGAUCAAAUAGAGCUUCUUGAGGAGCAAGUUAAAAUGGUCACCGGUGAGAUUGCAUUGAGUAACAGUACCCUGAAAAGACUUGUUGAACAAUCGGCAGAUGAUUCUGACAACUCAAAAAUUCAGUUACAAAUUCAAAAUUUGGAAAGGGAAAUUGAGGAAAAAAGAAAUCAAAUGCGGGUUUUAGAGCAGCGCAUUAUUGAAAGUAAGGAAGCCUCAAUGGCCAAUGUGUCUUUGGUUGAUAUGCAACAGAAUGUCAUGAGAUUGAUGGUUCAGUGCAGUGAGAAAGGAUUUGAGCUAGAGAUAAAGUCGGCAGACAAUCGGAUUCUACAGGAACAACUAAAUAAAAAGUGUGCUGAAAAUAAUGAAUUGCAAGAGAAGCUUCUGCAACUGCAGCAGCAGCUCAAUUCAGUCAAAAGCGAAGUUCCAUCUUUAACUCAUGAGCAAAAUGCGGUUGAGGAAAUUGGCGAGCUAAAGUCUAAAUUGCAGUUCAUGGAGUUUGAAAACAAGAAGCUAAAUCUUGAGCGAGUUCAGGUUGUUGAUCAGAACCAUAAGCUACUUGCUGAGAAUCAGAAAUUGUCUGAAGAGGCUUCUUAUGCAAAGGAAUUGGCAUCAGCUGCUGCUGCUGAACUUAAAAAUUUGACUGAGGAGAUAACCAAGCUGUCCUUGCAAAACGCCAGACAGGCCAAAGAAUUAUCCGCUGUUCAGGAAGUUGCGUUUUCUAUAUCUGCUGGUGGUGGCAUUCGUAAGCUUUCUGAAAACAGAAAUGAAGGGGUUAAACUAGGGAGAAAGGGUCGACCUUCUAGUAGAGCUGGUGUUGCUAAUACAAUAUAUGAUGAUACUGGGAGCUGGAAUCAUGAUUUGGAUGAUACGAAGAUGAAGUUGCAGGCAAUGAAACAAAGAGAAGCUGCUUUAGAAGCUGCCUUAGCUGAAAAGGAACUUUUAGAAGAAGAAUAUUACAGGAAAUUUGAUGAAUCAAAGAAGAGAGAAGCUGCUUUAGAAAAUGAUUUAGCGGGCAUGUGGGUUCUUGUUGCUAAGCUGAAGAAAGGAGUUUUAAGUGAAUCAGAAUUAAAUGUCAAUGGAUUGUCUAACAAUGGACUAGACCUAGCUGAUGAUCAGAAAGAAAACAAAACUGAGUGCGACUAUGGUCUUUUGAAAGAUAUUCAGUUAGCAAAUAAGCAAGUUAAACCUAUGAAUGACCAGUUUAACCAUAAUCCUGAGUUGGAACCUAUGCUUUCACGGUUGAAGGCGCGUAUACAAGAAAUGAAGGAGAAAGAACUAUACUCAUUGGAAAAUGAUGAUAAAAAUUCUCAUGUGUGUAAGGUAUGCUUUGAAUCGGCAACUGCUGCUGUGCUUCUCCCAUGUCGGCAUUUCUGUUUAUGUAAGCCCUGCUCGUUUGCUUGUUCUGAAUGUCCCCUAUGUCGAACAAUGAUUACGGAUAGGAUUAUUACUUUUACAUCUUAAGACCCGAUACUUGGCUAAAGGACCUUUUACUUUCUUUAGACCCAUGCUAUCUAUCAAUGACAUCCUAUUCUUUCUGUGCCUCUACUGGAAGGAAUUUUGAAAUCCUCCUACGCGUUAAUAGUUGUAAUUCCAUAUCAUUCUUAAAAUUUCUUUUAGUUUGUUCAUGCUAUGUUAGUUUCUUUCAUGUAAAAAUUUAAGCUGUGGCUUCCUGCAUAUAUGUAUACGAGUACAAUACCCAAAUUUUAGGGGCAAUCAUUUAAAGAGAAGUUAAUGUAACUUCUUGCUCCCCUAUUA